CCCAAUAUAAACGGGCCCUCAAUCUUCCAACCUUCAUUACGCCCCGUCAUCAUCUCAUUUUCCCUCUACACUCUAAGCUCGAUAAACCUACCUAGCUUCUGCGGAAAUAAAACGAAGAAAAAUGACCCACACCCAUGACCUCUCCGGUGGGAACAUCAAUUCUCACGAUCAUGGCCAUGAGCAUGAGAUUCUUGAUGGCCCAGGAUCUUACCUAGCUCGUGAACUCCCUAUCGUUGAAGGUAGGAACUGGGAAGAUCGUGCCUUUACAAUUGGCAUCGGCGGGCCUGUCGGCUCCGGAAAAACUGCUUUGAUGCUGCAGCUUUGCAAAAAUCUCAGAGAGCAUUAUUCAAUCGCAGCUGUUACCAAUGACAUUUUUACCAAGGAGGAUCAAGAAUUCCUUGUUAAAAACGAGGCUCUUGAACCUAAACGUAUCCGUGCUAUCGAGACUGGGGGUUGCCCUCACGCUGCCGUUCGUGAGGAUAUCUCCCAGAACCUUCAUGCGUUGGAGGAUCUUCAUCGCGAAUUCGAUACUCAGCUUUUGUUGAUUGAGAGCGGUGGUGACAACUUGGCAGCAAACUAUUCCCGUGAGCUUGCUGAUUAUAUCAUCUAUGUGAUUGAUGUCUCUGGAGGCGACAAAAUCCCCCGCAAGGGUGGGCCUGGCAUUACUCAAUCGGAUCUCCUAAUCGUUAAUAAGACUGACCUUGCAGAGCUCAUUGGGGCGGAUUUGGAUGUCAUGGAUCGUGACUCUCGUAGGAUGCGAGAGGGCGGACCUACUAUCUUCGCGCAAGUGAAGAAUGGUGUCGGUGUGGAAGACAUCGUUUCUAUGAUUCUCUCGGCUUGGAGAGCGAGUGGAGCUAGCGGUCCAUGGGUUAAAUAGUUUUGACGCCUGUCCGUGGAAGAGGAUGCUGGUAAUUCACAUGGGGGACCCUUGUCUAUGAUAUCCUGCAUAAAAUCGUACCGACGAGUCUGGUUCUAGAGAAA